AUGGACACACAAGAGGCGAAGAGAAGACUACACGGGAGAUGGCGUGUGGCGUGCCGUUUUGCGCUGUUCACUUGUUUCUUGGAUGCAGUCUGUGGACAGAUUCGAUACUCAAUCCCCGAGGAACUGGAGCAUGGGGCUUUUGUUGGCAACAUUGCAGAGGACCUGGGCUUGGAUUUGGACAAGCUCUCUGCGCGCAGAUUUCGGAUAGUCUCAGGUGCCAAGAAGCAAUAUGUGGAGGUAAAUUUGGAAAAUGGAGUUUUAUUUGUCAAUGAGCGAAUAGACCGUGAAGAACUAUGCGAGCAGAGUUUGUCCUGCUCUUUUCACUUGCAAGUGGUCAUAGAAAACCCUCUGGAGCUGUACAGGGUAGAGAUGGAAAUUCUGGACGUGAACGACAACUCUCCUAGUUUCCCGUGGACCGAGUUUAAUUUGGACAUAUCGGAGUCCGCUGCGCCAGGAUCCCGCUUCCCACUUGAGAGCGCACAGGACUUGGACGUCGGAUCCAACUCGCUCCGCACCUAUUUGCUGAGUGUCAACGAGCAUUUCCUUUUGGAUAUACAAACGCGCAGUGAUGGCAGUAAAUUUGCAGAAUUAGUCCUACAAAAUCCACUGGACAGAGAGCAGCAGAGUGCGCAUCAAAUGGUCCUGACCGCGGUGGACGGAGGCGCGCCGGAGAGAUCCGGCACUGCGCAAAUUGAUAUCACAGUUUUGGACGCAAAUGAUAACGCGCCUGUGUUUGACCAGUCGUUUUACAGAGUGAGGCUUGGUGAAAACGCACCGAAAGGCACGGUUGUUAUAAAACUAAACGCGUCCGAUUUAGACGAGGGUCCCAACGCUGAUAUUAUCUACUCAUUUAGCGGCCACGCUCCCAUCAAAGUGCGCCAGCUUUUCAGCGUAGACUCGCGCACGGGGGAGAUCAAAGUCAAAGGAGUGAUAGAUUAUGAAAAAGCCAGGAUGCAUGAAAUUUAUAUUCAGGCUAAAGAUAAAGGCCCCUCCGCUGUGGCAGUUCACUGCAAAGUGCUGGUGAACGUGUUGGAUAAAAACGACAACCUCCCAGAAGUGAUCCUGACAUCGGUGUCCACACCUGUGCAGGAGGACGCGCCCCCGGGAACGGUGAUAGCCGUCAUCAGCGUCAUGGACAAAGACUCGGGUGAAAACGGGAACGUGGACUGUGAGAUCCCCCAUCACGUCCCAUUCCAGCUCCACUCAUCCUUUAAGAACUACUACACAUUAGUGACUUGUGACUUUCUGGACAGAGAGACAAUCGCCGAGUACAACAUCACCCUCACCGCCCGCGAUAUGGGCUCUCCGCCUUUGUUCACUCGGAAAACUAUUUUGGUCCAAGUGUCUGAUGUGAACGAUAACGCGCCUCACUUCAAACAGCCCUCCUAUACUGUGUAUUUAACUGAGAAUAACGCGCCGGGAGCGUCCAUUUGCUCGGUGACCGCACUGGAUCCAGACUCUGGUCAAAACGCUUACCUCUCCUACUCUAUACUGGAAGGUGACAUACAGGGAAUGCCCGUGUCCACAUAUGUGUCCAUUAACUCAGACAACGGGAACAUUUACGCGCUGAGAUCCUUUGACCACGAGCAGCUUAAAAACUUUCAGGUGACAGUCCAAGCUCAAGACGCCGGUUUUCCGCCCCUGAACAACAACGUUUCGGUGAAUAUAUUUAUUUUGGACCAGAACGACAACGCGCCUGUCAUUGUGUCGCCGGUUGCGCAAAACGGCACGGCACCGAGCGAAGCGGUGCCCAGAUCUGUGGACGCCGGUCACCUUGUCACCAAAAUCAGAGCGGUGGACGCAGACGCAGGUCAAAACUCGCGUCUUUUCUAUCAGAUGCUCCAAGCAACAGACCCGAGCUUGUUCAGCAUCGCUCUGUACACAGGCGAAAUCAGGACAAUACGCCAGUUGGUGGAGAAAGACCCCACGAGGCACAGACUGGUCAUUCUCGUGAAGGACAAUGGUCAGCCACCCCUCUCGGCCACAGUUUCCAUCAUUCUGUCAGUGGUUGACAGCCUGCCAGAUUCGCAUCCCGAUUUGGGUGACCUGUCACUAAGCCCGCAUCACAGCUCCAACUUCACCCUGUACUUAAUCGUGUCCCUGGGCGCGAUCUCCUUCGCGUUCCUGGUGGCUAUCAUCGUCCUGGUUGCAGUGCGGAGACUGAAGGGCAGAGCGUCCAGCAGAGACUCCAGCUUCCCCUCCAUCAGCGGGUGCUGCUGCUGCUGCUGCCCUCGCUCAGAAACAUCCACCACCACAGAGGUGUUCAAAAAGUCGAACCUGAACGCUCGGAUGUCCGCGGGCGCGUCCGGCUGCGCGGAGGCGAACAGCAGCGGCGCGCUUCCUCAGGUCUAUUGCUACAAAAUGUGCCUGACGCCGGAAUCGUCCAAAAGUGACUUCAUGUUCCUCAAGCCGUGCAGUCCGGUAAUGUCAGCCCAACAGAAUAACGCCAAGAGCACUGAUUACCUGACUUCUGGUUGGAGCGCGCUGGACCGCAAUGAGCUGGCCAACAACAGAGCAGCUACCCCAAACGAGCAGCUAAAGUAUUCAAACAAGGACUGGACCUGGACCAAGAACCAACGCAACUCAGCAUACAAGAGGUAUAGUUCAGCAAAUAUGGAGGGCACCCUUUCUCGUCACCAGAAGUACGAUGCUGACGGGUUUUCCUGCUCUGUGGCACCACACUACUGGACCUGGGGAAACCACAUGAACGACUGCAAGAUGUCUCUUCAAGAGGGAGCAGCUCCUAACUACUCGUGGGCUCCUAAGUACACUCAGCCUCAUUCCGAGCCACCGGACUACCAGCACAAUGUGUACAUACCUGGCACCACGUCCGACUACAGCACUCUGAAGCUGGCGCCCAGAGGAGAGCUGGAUGUGUACAACACUUUUUCUACUUUCGGAAAGAAAAAGAGAUUCAUCUCACACUACGAACAGUCUUUCGACGGAGACGAUGGCCUCAUAAGCAACGCCAUCUUCAAAUGAUACACCAGCUGUACUGUAUAAUCCGUGUAUGUUGUAGAUGCCAUUAACUAGUUCCAUUAAUAACUAUAAACUGCUUCUCCAGUGGAAGUGCUGCUCUUGGAGGCUGAUAGACUAUGU